AUGGCAACCGCCACGGCCUACUGCGGACAGCCAGGCCGCGGGUGCAGGCCAGGCCAGGCUGGGACGGGGCCACUGGGGACUGAAGAAGUGGGACGGGACUCCUUGGCUGGUCAAGGUAAAGUGGACAUCCCUGAGAUAGGGCAAGCAAAUUUUGGAAUCAUGAAUGUGAAUCCAAAUGAAUUUGGAACCAGUUUGGAAAGCUCUGUGCGCAGCAAAGAGGAACAAGACAAUGCUAUCUUGAACAUGUACAUGGAGAGAAAAAGCCUUGUUCUACAAUUCCUGCAAUCUAACCUGAGCCCCCAGCUCCUUGAGCAUCAUCAGAAGAAACUUGAGCUUCUGAAGAAGUGUUACUACUAUGUGGAGGUUAUGCCCCCACACAUAGUCAUGAGAGACGAGAGCCGUGCAUUGAUUUCCACUGAUGUCUUCCAAAUAAUCGACUCCUGGAGACUGGAGAGGAUGAAGAAGGUCGCAAGAACCCAGACUGAAAUCCAGCUGGUACUUUUAACUGAGCUGUUAGAACAGCUGCAACGAGGUCGGGAGGAGCUGGUCUGCUACAUAGAGACAAGCGACGUGAUAACUUUCCUCUCCAAGUGGGACUCGGUUAUGCAGAAGAUGUCAGUUCUCUCUAAGCUGAUGAACAAAGUCCUUUCCCUGCAAGUCCCAGGAAAGCUCCACGCCAAGCACCGUUUGGUGUCACAUGCAGACAUCAGAGGUACCAGAAUCCCAAACAUUAAGCUUUCUCUCACUACAAAGAUGCCAGUGGUGUUUGAUCGAAAAGAAUCGGUUGCUUACAAGAACUGGGCCCAUCUCAAAUGGUUCACUGAAAAUCAGGAGUCAUCCCCUGAGCAGUAUGAGCUGCAUUUUAGGUUACUGAAGCAUGGAACUCAGACGGAAUUGGGACAAAGGGGGAUUGUUGCCAUCAGCUCCAACACGUGUGUUGUCUUUGAUCUGCUGCCUGACAGAUCAUACGAAUUCACAAUCAGAAGAGCAGAGACCUACACACUUGUCUAUGAAACAUGGCAUGACACCAUUACACUGACGACAGCGAGCUCAGCUGAAGACAGCAGCACCUGUGAACCAGAACUAGCUGACAAAAAGGGUUUACUCAUUUUUUCCACUUGA